GUAAGGCAGUUAUGCUGAAAAGUUUUCCAACAAAUCCAAUUUCAAAUGCCGCGACUUUUCUAUCUUAUCACUGUAUUAAAUAUGUUGAAGGAUUCUUGAAAAAUAUGGAUAGACACAUUUUAACAUGAGGAAAGAUGCAAUGUACUUCAUGAACAUGUACUAUUUCAGCAAAUGAAACAACUCUUUAGUUUAAAAUAAUGCCUGAUUGGCGCGGCACAACUUCCGGAAAGUACCAAGUCCUCACCGCAUUCCUUUUGUGCUGCAUCCAGUUGCCAAUUACAUUCAGCGAUCAUUUGUUGCACUUGUACACAUGGACGCCACCACACCGCUGCCGAUUACCACCUCACAACAGUACAACUUUGGGACAUGCACUGAUGUGGCCCAUCGUAGAAAAGCAUGGCCGUAAAAUGUUCGCCUCAUGUUCAAUGUACUUGGAUCCUCAUGAUCACUCGCUUGGAACUCAGCCUUGCGUUUAUGGAUGGGAUUUCUUGCACAGUGAAGAAGAGUGGACUCUGGUAACAGAAUGGAAUCUCGUUUGCGAAAGAGAAUACUUGAUCAAUCUCCUACCCUAUGUGUACACAGUCGGAACUAUGCUUGGAGGACUGUUAUUUGGAAUUUUAGCGGACCAUUAUGGAAGAAGAUUCAACUUGCUCGCAGCUCUUUUUUUUCACACCAUCCUUGGUCUCUCGUUGCAUUUCUUUUCGCUGUUUACGAUCUUUGCAGUUGGUCAUGCCGUACAAGGAGUUUUGGUAACGGCGAUCCAAUGCAUUUCCUUCAUAUUGCUGUUGGAAACAGUGUCUUUCCCUUAUCAUCUAAAAUCAACUGUAUGUUUGUGUUUCGUGACACCUUUGGGGAUUAUCAUUUUAGCUAUCGUGUCAUGGCUCAUAAAAAACUGGAGGUACAUUCAGCUCGCAAUAUCAGCUCCUGGUAUUGUUUGCUUGGGCUACUUUUGGUUGAUUCCACGAUCUUUGCCUUGGCUUCUGGCUGAAGGAUAUGCUCACGAAGCUGAAAAACAAGUGCUACGAUUUGCACGUUUCAACAAAUCUCUGUUACCCCACAAUUUUCGACUACAGCUUUUGAACCUAUGUAAAACCAUUAAGUCUUAUGCUACGGGAUCGCAGCACAGUUUAGAAACGGUGGUCUGCUCGGCAAAGAUCAGGAGGUACACAUUCAUCCUUUAUUAUAUGUGGUUUAUUGUAUCUCUAGAAUCCGAAGCAUAUCCAACGGAGCUUCCUGCGCUGAAAGACAAUAGAUAUGCAUCCUUGUUUGUCAAAGGUUUAAUGGAUUCGGGGCUCCUUAUUCUGCUGUACUUCUUUGCACAGAGGUUUGGACCACGUGCAGCCCAUGCGACUGUUCUCAUUUUUGGAGGUUUAUUGUGUAUGGGAUCGGCAGCUUUGGGAUACAGUUCUUGGUUUUAUGGCUCUUCCCACACCUUGUAUUUGAUUUCUCCAGUCCUUUCUGUUGUAGGAAAGGCUUGUAUAAGGUCUGCUACCGCCACCAACAUAUUUUUCACCAUAAAAGUUUUCCCAACGGGAGUGAGGGCCAUCGGUCUCGGUUCAUGCUUGUUUUGGACUAGAACAGCUCAACUGAUUGGAAUACACAUUUCUUCUCUGGAACAGGAAGUACGCCAUUAUUUUCCUCUCGCUAUGUGUGGCUUUCUCUCGAUGAUCGGUGGUAUUUUGACCCCUUUUCUUCCAUCUGACUAUCACAGACCACUCCCAAACGUAGCCGUCGAAGUGGAAAAAUCGCUGAUCCUCGAAGAUUCAUCGAGAAGAAAGAAAUCGCGACAUCUCGCCACACCCUAUCCACGCAUGGUAGCGUUGGUCGAUAUGAAUUCUUCUCAUUUCGAGGAAGAACAAGAAAAUGAAAAGAAUAACACUUUGUUAGAGCUCAGCGUACAAGAAUUUCAACCACACAGACUGCAGGUACCACCUCAAGAUUUAAUAAGCCAUCUCAGAGAUGCUCCAGGUCCAAGUCGGUUGUGCCAGGCCUCCGAUAAAUCUUCAUCUAUGGCAGAUAAAGAUGACACGGAGUCCAGACUCACCGACCUGGAAGAAGAACUUUGCAAAAUCUGGGAGCAGAAUGCAAUUCGAGAUGGAGAAAAUGCUUCUGGUUCACCGGGGAAUUUUCGACGGACUAAUGUGAGGGACCAUUACCUACGAAUGCAUGAGACUCAGUUCUGAAAUUUUAGCAUAAAAUAAAUGAAUAAUGAAUUUUUCAGAACAAUUUAUUUUGUGUUUCCUAUUAACAAAAUUAAUCAAAUAAACUUCUUUCACUUUGUAA